GGGAGUCUGAGUAUGAAGGAGGUGAGUCCACUUGUUGAUGGUCCUACACAGAGAUGAGGAAGCUAAGAUGGAAGUAUGAUGUGAUGGAUAUAAUUAUGGGACUCUGUGUGGGGACGCGACCUCCUCCUUCUUGCCUCGUCCUCCUGCUUCUCAAGCUUUUGGCCGCUGUAUCCCAGGGGCUGCCGGGGACUGGGUCCCUGGGCUUCCACUUCACUCAUUCCAUUUAUAAUGCCACAGUGUACGAGAACUCUGCCGCUAGGACCUACGUCAGCAGCCAGAGUAGAAUGGGCAUCACCUUAAUAGAUCUGUCCUGGGAUAUCAAAUAUAGAAUAGUGUCCGGAGAUGAGGAAGGCUUUUUCAAAGCAGAGGAAGUCAUCAUUGCAGAUUUCUGUUUCCUUAGGAUAAGAACUAAAGGUGGCAAUUCUGCCAUACUGAAUAGGGAAAUUCAGGACAAUUAUUUAUUAAUUGUAAAAGGUUCUGUCAGAGGAGAGGAUUUGGAAGCAUGGACCAAAGUAAAUAUCCAGGUUUUAGAUAUGAAUGAUCUGAGGCCCCUGUUUUCACCCACAACCUACUCUGUUACAAUAGCAGAAAGCACACCUCUGAGGACUAGUGUCGCCCAAGUGACAGCAACAGAUGCAGAUAUUGGUUCCAAUGGAGAAUUCUACUACUACUUCAAAAACAAAGUUGAUCUCUUUUCAGUUCACCCCACCAGUGGUGUUAUCUCUUUAAGUGGACGGCUAAACUAUGAUGAAAAGAAUAGGUACGAUCUGGAGAUUUUGGCUGUGGACCGGGGAAUGAAACUCUAUGGUAACAAUGGAGUGAGCAGUACUGCCAAGCUUUAUGUUCACAUUGAACGUAUAAAUGAACACGCCCCAACCAUCCACGUUGUCACUCAUGUUCCCUAUUCAUUAGACAAAGAACCGACCUAUGCAGUGGUGACAGUUGAUGACCAAGAUGAGGGGGCCAACGGAGAGAUUGAAUCUGUUUCCAUUGUGGCUGGAGAUCCUUUAGAUCAGUUCUUCCUGGCUAGAGAAGGAAAGUGGAUGAAUGAGUACAAGAUCCAGGAGAGGAAGCAAGUUGACUGGGAAAGCUUUGCCUAUGGCUACAAUCUCACCCUUCAAGCAAAAGACAAAGGGUCACCUCAGAAAUUUUCAGCUCUAAAGAUAGUUCACAUUAUCAACCCCAGAAGAGACACUGCCCCCGUUAGAUUUGAAAAAGAGUUGUAUGACGUGAGCAUAAGCGAGUUUUCUCCUCCUGGUGUUGUGGUUGCUAUUGUAAAAUUAAAUCCUGAACCUCUAGAGGUGGAAUAUAAGUUAUCUCCAAGUGAGGAUGCAGAGUACUUCAAAAUUAAUCCUCGGUCAGGUCUGAUUGUCACAGCACAGCCAUUGAAUACCAUUAAGAAGGAGGUUUACAAACUGGAGGUGACAAACAAGGAAGGAGAUUUAAAAGCACAAGUUACCAUCAGCAUAGAAGAUGCAAAUGACCACACCCCAGAAUUUCAGCAGCCACUGUAUGAUACUUUUGUGAAUGAAAGUGUUCCUGUGGGAACAAGCAUUCUUACUGUUUCAGCUUCUGAUAAGGAUAAAGGAGAAAAUGGGUACAUCACCUACAGCAUUGCCAGCCUGAAUAUGUUACCAUUUGCCAUUAACCAGUUUACAGGUGUUAUUAGCACAACUGAAGAAUUGGAUUUUGAAUCCUCUCCAGAAACUUACCGGUUCAUUGUUAGGGCCUCUGACUGGGGUUCACCAUACCGCCAUGAAAGUGAGGUAAAUGUGACCAUUCGAAUAGGGAACGUCAAUGACAACAGUCCUCUCUUUGAAAAAGUGGCUUGCCAGGGAGUUAUUUCAUAUGACUUUCCAGUUGGUGGUCACAUCACUGCUGUCUCAGCCAUUGAUAUUGAUGAACUUGAACUUGUAAAGUACAAAAUCAUUUCUGGAAAUGAUCUUGGUUUCUUUUAUUUAAACCCAGACUCUGGUGUUUUACAGCUUAAAAAGUCACUGAUGAAUUCUGGCAUUAAAAAUGGUAAUUUUGCCCUCAGAAUUACAGCAACUGAUGGAGAGAAUUUUGCAGACCCCAUGGCUAUUAACAUUUCAGUUCUCCAUGGGAAAGUGUCUUCAAAGAGCUUCAGUUGCAGAGAAACUCGUGUGGCUCAGAAACUGGCAGAAAAACUACUCAUUAAAGCAAAAGCAAAUGGGAAAUUGAAUCUGGAAGAUGGAUUUCUUGACUUUUAUUCAAUUAAUAGACAAGGACCACAUUUUGACAAGUCUUUUCCUUCUGAUGUGGCUGUGAAGGAGGAUCUGCCUGUUGGUGCUAACAUCCUGAAGAUUAAAGCCUAUGAUGCUGACUCUGGCUUCAAUGGAAAGGUGCUAUUUACAAUAUCUGAUGGAAAUACAGAUAGCUGCUUUAAUAUUGACAUGGAGACUGGGCAACUUAAAGUGCUUAUGCCUAUGGAUCGAGAGCACACUGACCUCUAUCUCCUUAAUAUCACUAUCUAUGACUUAGGAAAUCCACAGAAAUCAUCAUGGAGGUUGCUGACCAUCAAUGUAGAGGAUGCUAAUGACAACAGCCCAAUUUUUCUUCAAGACAGUUACUCAGUUAACAUUCUUGAAAGUUCAAGUAUUGGUACUGAGAUUAUUCAAGUGGAAGCCAGAGACAAAGACUUGGGUUCUAAUGGUGAAGUGACGUACUCAGUCUUGACAGAUACACAUCAGUUUGCCAUCAAUAGCUCAACUGGGAUCAUUUAUGUAGCUGAUCAAUUGGACCGGGAAUCCAAAGCAAACUAUUCUUUGAAAAUUGAAGCCAGAGACAAGGCAGAAAGUGGUCAGCAGCUGUUUUCAGUGGUCACUCUUAAGGUUUUUUUGGAUGACGUCAAUGACUGCUCCCCAUCUUUCAUUCCUAGUAGCUAUAGUGUGAAGGUUCUUGAAGAUCUCCCUGUUGGCACUGUCAUAGCCUGGCUGGAGACCCAUGAUCCAGACCUUGGAUUGGGGGGUCAAGUACGUUACUCUUUGGUCAAUGACUAUAAUGGGAGAUUUGAAAUAGAUAAAGCAAGUGGCGCCAUUCGUUUGAGCAAAGAGCUUGACUAUGAAAAGCAGCAGUUCUAUAACCUCACUGUUCGAGCCAAAGACAAAGGGCGUCCUGUUUCUCUGUCAUCUGUUUCCUUUGUUGAAGUGGAAGUGGUGGAUGUCAAUGAAAACCUCCACACCCCCUAUUUCCCAGACUUUGCCGUUGUUGGAUCUGUAAAAGAAAACUCACGCAUUGGAACAAGUGUGCUUCAGGUGACUGCCCGGGAUGAAGACUCUGGAAGGGAUGGAGAGAUCCAGUACUCUAUCAGGGAUGGCAGUGGUCUUGGAAGGUUCAAUAUAGAUGACGAAAGUGGGGUCAUCACUGCUGCAGAUGUUCUUGACCGCGAGACAACAGGAUCCUACUGGCUGACAGUGUAUGCCACAGACCGGGGUGUGGUCCCACUCUACGCCACCAUCGAGGUCUACAUUGAAGUUGAAGAUGUGAAUGACAAUGCCCCACUGACCUCAGAACCUAUUUAUUAUCCUGUUGUCAUGGAAAAUUCUCCCAAGGAUGUAUCUGUCAUUCAGAUUCAGGCUGAAGAUCCAGACUCCAGUUCCAAUGACAAACUGACAUACAGAAUCACAAGUGGGAAUCCUCAGAAUUUUUUUGCCAUCAAUAUCAAAACAGGUCUGAUUACCACAACUUCAAGGAAAUUGGAUCGAGAACAGCAGGCAGAGCAUUUUCUGGAGGUGACUGUGACAGAUGGUGGUUCUUCUCCAAAACAAUCAACCAUUUGGGUGGUGGUUCAGGUUCUGGAUGAAAAUGACAACAAGCCCCAGUUCCCUGAGAAGGUUUACCAGAUCAAACUGCCAGAACGUGAUCGAAAGAAAAGAGGGGAACCCAUCUACAGGGCUUUUGCAUAUGAUAGAGAUGAGGGCCCCAAUGCAGAAAUCUCCUACAGUAUUGUGGAUGGAAAUGAUGAUGGAAAAUUCUUCAUUGACCCUAAAACUGGCAUGGUUUCUUCCAGAAAGCAAUUUACAGCAGGGAGUUAUGAUAUCCUAACGAUCAAGGCCGUGGACAAUGGCCGCCCACAGAAAUCCUCCACGGCCCGCCUGCACAUUGAAUGGAUUAAGAAACCACCCCCUUCACCUAUACCACUGACCUUCGACGAGCCAUUUUAUAACUUCACAGUCAUGGAAAGUGAUAGAGUAACCGAGAUUGUGGGGGUGGUGUCUGUGCAACCAGCCAACACCCCUCUGUGGUUUGACAUAGUUGGAGGGAAUUUUGACAGCUCUUUUGAUGCAGAGAAGGGUGUUGGGACAAUUGUCAUCGCAAAACCUUUGGAUGCAGAACAGAGGUCCAUCUAUAACAUGAGUGUGGAAGUCACUGAUGGGACAAAUGUUGCUGUCACUCAGGUAUUUAUUAAAGUGCUGGAUAAUAAUGAUAACGGCCCAGAAUUCUCUCAACCCCAUUAUGAUGUGACGAUUUCUGAGGAUGUGCUUCCAGAUACAGAGAUAUUGCAGAUUGAAGCCACAGAUAGAGAUGAGAAGCACAAGCUGAGCUACACUGUCCACAGCAGCAUCGACUCCAUCAGCAUGAGAAAGUUCCGGAUAGACCCCAGCACUGGUGUGCUCUAUACUGCUGAGAGGUUGGAUCAUGAAGCCCAGGACAAGCACAUUCUCAAUAUAAUGGUCAGAGAUCAGGAGUUUCCUUAUCGAAGAAACUUAGCCCGAGUCAUUGUGAAUGUGGAAGAUGCUAAUGAUCACAGUCCUUAUUUUACCAACCCACUCUAUGAAGCAUCUGUGUUUGAGUCGGCUGCUCUGGGAUCAGCUGUUCUGCAAGUGACGGCUCUGGACAAAGACAAAGGGGAAAAUGCAGAGCUCAUAUAUACCAUAGAAGCAGGGAACACUGGAAACACAUUUAAGAUUGAGCCAGUCCUGGGCAUCAUCACUGUUUCCAAAGAACCAGACAUGACAACCAUGGGUCAGUUUGUCCUGUCAGUCAAAGUCACAGAUCAAGGUUCCCCGCCAAUGUCUGCCACUGCAAUUGUGCGCAUAUCUGUCACCAUGUCUGAUAACUCUCACCCCAAGUUCACUCAUAAAGACUACCAAGCUGAAGUAAAUGAAAAUGUGGAUAUUGGAACAUCGGUCAUUCUAAUCUCUGCCAUCAGUCAAUCUACCCUCAUUUAUGAAGUCAAAGAUGGAAACACUGAUGGGAUCUUUACCAUAAAUCCAUAUUCUGGAGUCAUCACCACUCGGAGGGCUCUGGAUUAUGAGCGUACUUCCUCUUAUCAACUCAUCAUUCAGGCCACUAACAUGGCAGGAAUGGCUUCCAAUGCCACAGUCAAUAUUCAGAUUGUUGAUGAAAAUGAUAAUGCUCCAGUUUUCCUCUUCUCUCAAUACUCAGGCAGCCUAAGUGAGGCUGCCCCAGUCAAUAGCAUUGUGAGGAGCUUGGAUAACAGUCCACUGGUGAUUCGAGCCACUGAUGCUGACAGCAACCAGAAUGCGCUACUUGUGUAUCAGAUUGUGGAGUCUACAGCCAAGAAGUUCUUCACAGUAGACUCCAGUACAGGUGCCAUCAGAACAAUUGCCAAUCUGGACCAUGAGACCAUUGCCCAUUUCCAUUUUCAUGUGCAUGUGAGAGAUAGUGGUAGCCCCCAACUGACUGCAGAGAGUCCCGUUGAAGUGAACAUUGAGGUGACAGAUGUGAAUGAUAACCCACCUGUUUUCACUCAGGCUGUGUUUGAGACUGUCUUACUUCUCCCUACCUAUGUUGGAGUGGAGGUUCUCAAAGUUAGUGCCACAGACCCUGACUCUGAGGUGCCUCCUGAACUGACAUACAGCCUAAUGGAAGGCAGCUUGGACCAUUUUUUAAUUGACUCAAAUAGUGGAGUACUCACCAUAAAAAACAACAACCUUUCCAAAGAUCACUACAUGCUGAUAGUUAAAGUAUCUGAUGGAAAGUUCUAUAGCACAUCCAUGGUCACCAUCAUGGUUAAAGAAGCCAUGGAUAGUGGCCUCCACUUUACACAAAGUUUUUACUCCACCUCAAUCUCAGAGAACAACACUAACAUAACCAAAGUUGCUAUUGUUAAUGCAGUUGGAAAUCGCCUUAAUGAGCCCUUAAAAUAUAGCAUCUUAAACCCAGGAAAUAAAUUCAAGAUAAAAUCUACCUCAGGAGUCAUUCAGACCACCGGAGUCCCCUUUGACCGUGAAGAACAAGAAUUAUAUGAGUUGGUGGUGGAAGCCAGCCGUGAACUCGACAAUCUACGUGUGGCUAGAGUGGUGGUCAGGGUUAAUAUUGAAGACAUAAAUGACAAUUCUCCAGUCUUUGUGGGCCUCCCUUACUAUGCUGCUGUGCAAGUUGAUGCUGAGCCAGGGACUCUGAUAUACCGGGUAACAGCCAUUGACAAAGAUAAAGGUGCAAAUGGAGAAGUGACCUAUGUCCUACAGGAUGACUAUGGCCACUUUGAAAUUAACCCAAAUUCAGGAAAUGUUAUUUUAAAAGAAGCAUUCAAUUCUGACUUAUCCAACAUUGAGUAUGGAGUAACCGUUUUAGCCAAAGAUGGUGGAAAACCCUCUUUGUCCACAUCUGUGGAACUUCCCAUCACUAUUGUCAACAAAGCAAUGCCUGUGUUUGAUAAGCCCUUUUAUACAGCUUCCAUCAAUGAAGAUGUCAGAAUGGACACUCCAGUUCUAAGCAUUAAUGCUACCAGUCCAGAAGGUCAAGGCAUCAUAUAUAUUAUUAUUGAUGGGGAUCCUUUUAAACAGUUUAACAUUGACUUUGACACUGGGGUCCUGAAAGUUGUAAGUCCCUUGGAUUAUGAAGUUACAUCUGUUUACAAAUUGACAGUAAGAGCUAGUGAUGCCCUUACUGGUGCCAGGGCUGAGGUCACAGUUGACUUGUUAGUUAAUGAUGUAAAUGACAACCCUCCUAUUUUUGAUCAGCCUGCCUACAAUACAACAUUAUCAGAAGCAUCGCUCAUUGGGACACCUGUUUUGCAAGUUGUAUCUACUGAUGCGGACUCAGAAAACAAUAAAAUGGUGCAUUAUCAGAUUGUUCAGGAUACGUACAACAGCACAGAUUAUUUUCACAUAGACAGCUCGAGUGGCUUAAUCCUGACAGCAAGGAUGCUGGACCAUGAAUUGGUACAACAGUGCACUUUGAAAGUCAGAGCAACAGAUAGUGGCUUCCCCUCAUUGAAUAGUGAGGUUCUAGUUCAUAUCCACAUCUCUGACAUAAAUGACAACCCUCCAGUGUUUAAUCAGCUAAUUUAUGAAUCAUAUGUGAGUGAACUAGCUCCCCGGGGUCAUUUUGUAACCUGUGUUCAAGCCUCAGAUGCAGACAGCUCGGACUUUGACCGGUUGGAAUAUAGCAUUUUAUCUGGGAAUGACCGGACAAGCUUUCUGAUGGACAGCAAGAGUGGUGUCAUCACACUGUCCAACCACCGAAAGCAGCGGAUGGAGCCACUGUACAGUCUCAAUGUGUCUGUUUCUGACGGGUUGUUCACCAGCACUGCACAGGUGCACAUCAGGGUGCUGGGGGCUAACUUGUACAGUCCUGCCUUCUCACAAAGCACAUAUGUAGCCGAGGUGAGAGAGAAUGCGGCUGCUGGGACAAAGGUAAUUCAUGUGCGAGCCACAGAUGGGGAUCCUGGCACAUAUGGGCAGAUCAGCUAUGCCAUCAUCAAUGACUUUGCCAAGGAUCGAUUCCUCAUAGACAGCAAUGGACAGGUCAUCACUACAGAAAAACUAGACCGGGAAAACCCUCUAGAAGGAGAUGUUAGUAUUUUUUUGAGGGCCCUUGAUGGUGGAGGGAGAACAACUUUCUGCACUGUCAGGGUGAUUGUGGUGGAUGAAAAUGACAAUGCUCCCCAGUUCUUGACAGUGGAAUACAGAGCCAGUGUCAGGGCAGAUGUUGGAAAGGGCCACUUGGUCACUCAAGUUCAAGCCAUGGACCCAGAUGAUGGAGCAAAUUCAAGGAUUACUUAUUCCCUAUAUAGUGAGGCCUCAGUCUCAGUGGCUGACCUCCUGGAAAUUGAUCCUGACAAUGGUUGGAUGGUUACAAAGGGCAAUUUUAACCAGUUGAAAAAUACAGUGCUGUCAUUCUUUGUCAAAGCAGUAGAUGGGGGCAUUCCAGUAAAGCACUCCCUCAUCCCUGUCUAUAUCCACGUCCUCCCCCCUGAAACAUUCUUGCCUUCAUUCACCCAGUCUCAGUACUCCUUUACCAUUGCAGAAGAUACAGCCAUUGGAAGCAUAGUGGACACCCUGAGGAUUUUGCCUAGUCAGAAUGUCCAGUUCAGCACAGUUAAUGGGGAACGGCCAGAGAAUAACAAAGGAGGUGUCUUCAUCAUAGAACAGGAGACAGGCACUAUCAAGCUUGACAAGCGCCUUGACCAUGAGAUCAACCCAGCUUUUCACUUUAAAGUAGCAGCUACCAUACCCCUGGACAAGGUAGACAUUGUGUUUACUGUGGACGUAGAUAUCAAGGUAUUGGAUUUGAACGACAACAAGCCAAUCUUUGAAACUUCAAGCUACGAGACCAUCAUAAUGGAAGGGAUGCCUGUCGGCACCAAACUCACACAGGUGAGAGCUAGCGAUAUGGAUUGGGGAGCCAAUGGGCAGGUUACUUAUUCCCUCCACUCAGAUUCCCACCCUGAAAAGGUAAUGGAAGCAUUCAAUAUUGACGGCAACACAGGCUGGAUCAGUACCUUGAAGGACCUGGAUCAUGAGACAGACCCUGCAUUCUCCUUCUCCGUGGUGGCCUCUGACCUUGGAGAGGCAUUCUCUCUUUCUUCCACAGCUUUGGUCUCUGUCAGGGUGACAGACAUAAACGACAAUGCACCAGUCUUCGCCCAUGAGGUGUACCGCGGGAAUGUGAAGGAGAGUGACCCCCCGGGGGAAGUGGUGGCUGUCCUCAGCACCUGGGACAGGGACACUUCUGACAUAAAUCGCCAAGUGAGCUACCAUAUUACAGGAGGAAACCCCCGAGGAAGGUUUGCCCUGGGCCUGGUGCAAAGUGAGUGGAAGGUAUAUGUGAAGAGACCUUUAGAUAGAGAAGAACAGGACAUUUACUUUCUCAAUAUCACUGCCACCGAUGGGCUUUUCGUCACACAGGCCAUGGUGGAAGUGACUGUCAGUGAUGUAAAUGACAACAGCCCAGUGUGUGAUCAGUCUGCAUAUACAGCAUUAUUUCCUGAAGAUAUUCCAUCAAAUAAAAUCAUCCUGAAGGUCAGUGCCAAGGAUGCUGACAUUGGAUCAAAUGGAGAUAUACGAUACUCACUCUAUGGAUCUGGAAGCAAUGAAUUUUUUCUAGAUCCAGAAAGUGGUGAGUUAAAAACCUCAUCUCUAUUGGACCGGGAGAGGGUCCCAGCGUACAACCUCAUCGCCAGGGCCACUGAUGGGGGUGGCAGAUUCUGCCAGUCCAACAUCCACCUGAUCCUGGAAGAUGUGAAUGACAAUCCCCCUCUGUUUUCUUCUGACCACUAUAACACCUGUGUCUAUGAAAACACAGCCACCAAGGCUCUGUUGACCAGAGUGCAAGCUGUAGACCCCGACAUUGGCAUCAACAGGAAGGUGGUGUACUCGCUGGCAGACUCAGCCAACGGGUUCUUCUCCAUUGACAGUUCUUCUGGCAUCAUCGUCCUGGAGCAGCACCUGGACCGAGAGCAGCAGUCUUCCUACAACAUCACUGUGCGGGCCACUGACCAGAGUCCUGGACAGUCCCUUUCCUCUUUUGCCACUGUCACCAUCACUGUCUUGGACAUUAAUGACAACCCCCCUGUGUUUGAGAGGAGAGACUACCUGGUGACUGUACCUGAGGAUACCUCCCCUGGCACCCAAGUCCUUGCUGUUUUUGCCACCAGCAAAGAUAUUGGCACAAAUGCUGAGAUUACAUAUCUCAUCCGGUCUGGGAAUGAACAGGGGAAAUUUAGAAUCAACCCAAAGACAGGGGGUAUUUCUGUCUCAGAAAUCCUGGACUAUGAAUUAUGCAGAAGAUUUUACCUGGUGGUAGAAGCUAAAGAUGGAGGCACCCCAGCUCUCAGUGCCGCAGCCACUGUAAGCAUUAACCUCACAGAUGUGAAUGACAACCCUCCCAAGUUCAGUCAAGAUGUCUAUAGUGCUGUCAUCAGUGAAGAUGCCUUGGUGGGAGACUCUGUCAUUUUGUUAAUAGCAGAAGACGUAGACAGCCAGCCCAAUGCACAGAUUCAUUUUUCCAUUGUGAGUGGAGAUCGGGACAAUGAAUUUGCAGUGGAUCCUGUCUUGGGACUUGUAAAGGUUAAGAAGAAACUGGAUCGAGAACGGGUGUCUGGAUACUCAUUACUUGUCCAAGCAAUAGACAGUGGUGUUCCUGCAAUGUCAUCAACUGCAACUGUCAACAUUGAUAUUUCUGAUGUGAAUGACAACAGCCCAGUGUUUACACCUGCCAACUAUACUGCUGUGAUUCAGGAAAAUAAGCCAGUAGGCACCAGCAUCUUGCAGCUGGUGGUAACAGACAGGGACUCCUUUCACAAUGGGCCUCCCUUUACUUUCUCUAUUUUGUCGGGAAAUGAAGAAGAAGAGUUUGUGUUGGACCCUCAUGGGAUCCUUCGGUCAGCAGUGGUCUUCCAGCACACAGAAUCUCCAGAAUAUGUGCUCUGUGUCCAGGCAAAGGACUCAGGAAAGCCACAGCAAGUUUCUCACUCCUAUAUCCGUGUGCGGGUCAUUGAGGAAAGUAUCCACAAGCCCACGGCCAUCCCUUUGGAAAUUUUCAUUGUCACCAUGGAGGAUGACUUUCCAGGGGGUGUCAUUGGGAAGAUCCACGCCACGGAUCAAGAUAUGUAUGAUGUGCUCACAUUUGCCCUGAAGUCAGAGCAGAAAAGCUUGUUCAAAGUGAAUAGUCAUGAUGGAAAAAUUAUUGCCCUCGGAGGCCUGGACAGUGGCAAGUAUGUCCUGAAUGUGUCUGUGAGCGAUGGGCGCUUCCAGGUGCCCAUCGAUGUGGUCGUGCAUGUGGAGCAGUUGGUGCAUGAGAUGCUGCAGAACACUGUCACCAUCCGCUUUGAGAAUGUGUCCCCCGAGGACUUUGUGGGGCUGCACAUGCAUGGGUUCCGGCGUACCCUGCGGAACGCAGUCCUCACCCAGAAGCAGGAUAGCCUGCGCAUCAUCAGCAUCCAGCCUGUGGCAGGCACCAGCCAGCUGGACAUGCUGUUUGCAGUGGAGAUGCACAGCAGUGAGUUCUAUAAGCCUGCCUACCUGAUCCAGAAGCUGUCCAAUGCCAGGCGACACCUGGAGAAUGUCAUGCGCAUCUCAGCCAUCCUGGAAAAGAAUUGCUCGGGCCUGGACUGUCAGGAGCAGCACUGUGAGCAAGGCUUGUCACUGGAUUCCCAUGCACUCAUGACCUACAGCACAGCUCGCAUCAGCUUCGUGUGUCCACGUUUCUACAGGAAUGUGCGUUGCACCUGUAAUGGAGGACUGUGCCCAGGGUCCAACGAUCCUUGUGUGGAGAAGCCGUGUCCAGGCGACAUGCAGUGUGUCGGUUAUGAAGCCAGCAGGAGACCAUUCCUUUGCCAGUGUCCACCAGGGAAGCUUGGAGAGUGCUCAGGGCACACUUCUCUCAGUUUUGCUGGGAAUAGUUACAUCAAAUACCGGCUUUCUGAAAAUAGCAAGGAAGAGGACUUCAAACUAGCUCUGCGCCUGCGAACCCUGCAAAGCAAUGGGAUUAUAAUGUACACCAGAGCAAAUCCCUGCAUCAUUCUGAAGAUUGUGGACGGCAAGCUGUGGUUUCAGCUGGACUGCGGUAGUGGCCCUGGAAUCCUGGGCAUCUCCGGCCGCGCUGUCAAUGAUGGGAGCUGGCACUCCGUCUUCCUGGAGCUCAAUCGCAACUUCACGAGCCUUUCCUUAGAUGAUAGCUACGUGGAACGACGCAGGGCACCCCUCUACUUCCAAACUCUGAGCACUGAGAGUACCAUCUACUUCGGUGCCCUGGUGCAGGCAGACAACAUCCGCAGCCUGACUGACACGCGGGUCACACAGGUGCUCAGCGGCUUUCAGGGCUGCCUGGAUUCAGUGGUGCUGAAUAACAACGAGCUGCCUCUACAGAACAAGCGCAGCAGCUUCGCCGAAGUUGUGGGCCUGACGGAGCUGAAGCUGGGCUGCGUACUCUACCCCGAUGCUUGUGAACGCAGUCCGUGCCAGCAUGGUGGCAGCUGCACAGGCCUGCCUUCUGGGGGCUACCAGUGUACCUGUCUCUCACAGUUCACGGGGAGGAACUGUGAAUCAGAGAUCACAGCCUGCUUCCCAAACCCCUGCCGCAAUGGAGGAUCCUGUGACCCCAUAGGAAACACUUUCAUCUGCAGUUGUAAAGCUGGGCUCACCGGAGUCACGUGUGAGGAGGACAUCAACGAGUGCGAGCGGGAGGAGUGUGAGAACGGCGGCUCCUGCGUCAACAUGUUUGGCUCCUUCCUCUGCAACUGCACCCCGGGCUAUGUGGGCCAGUAUUGUGGGCUCCGCCCGGUGGUGGUACCCAACAUCCAGGCCGGCCACUCCUACGUAGGCAAGGAAGAGCUCAUUGGCAUCGCAGUCGUCCUCUUCGUCAUCUUUACCCUGGUCGUCCUCUUCAUCGUCUUCCGCAAAAAGGUCUUCCGCAAGAACUACUCCCGCAACAACAUCACGCUGGUGCAGGACCCGGCCACCGCUGCCCUGCUCAACAAGAGCAAUGGCAUCCCAUUCCGGAACCUGCGUGGCAGCGGGGACGGCCGCAACGUCUACCAGGAGGUGGGGCCACCGCAGGUGCCUGUGCGUCCCAUGGCCUACACCCCCUGCUUCCAGAGCGACUCCAGGAGCAACCUAGAUAAGAUCGUGGACGGGCUGGGGAGCGAGCACCAGGAGAUGACCACGUUUCACCCAGAGUCUCCCCGCAUCCUGACAGCCCGGCGGGGUGUGGUCGUGUGCAGUGUGGCCCCCAACCUUCCAGCUGUGUCACCCUGCCGCUCUGACUGCGACUCCAUUCGGAAGAAUGGCUGGGAUGCUGGAACUGAGAACAAAGGAGUUGAUGACCCGGGAGAAGUGACCUGCUUUGCAGGCAGUAAUAAAGGCAGCAACUCUGAAGUUCAGUCCCUCAGCUCCUUCCAGUCAGAUUCUGGUGACGACAAUGCAUCCAUAGUGACUGUCAUUCAGCUUGUCAACAAUGUAGUUGACACUAUAGAAAAUGAAGUGUCUGUCAUGGACCAAGGACAGAACUACAACCGAGCCUAUCACUGGGACACCUCUGACUGGAUGCCAGGGGCCCGCCUGUCAGACAUAGAGGAAGUGCCCAAUUAUGAGAACCAGGAUGGAGGGUCUGCACACCAAGGCAGCACACGGGAAUUGGAGAGCGAUUACUACCUGGGCGGCUAUGACAUUGAUAGCGAAUAUCCACCCCCUCAUGAAGAAGAGUUCUUGAGUCAGGACCAGCUGCCCCCACCACUCCCUGAGGACUUCCCGGACCAGUAUGAGGCCCUACCACCCUCCCAGCCUGUCUCACUGGCCAGCACACUGAGUCCAGACUGCAGGAGGAGGCCCCAGUUCCAUCCUAGCCAGUACCUCCCCCCUCACCCAUUUCCCAAUGAAACGGAUUUAGUGGGCCCACCUGCCAGCUGUGAAUUUAGUACUUUUGCCAUGAGCAUGAACCAGGGCACAGAGACUAUGGGCCCAGCAGACAGUGUGUCUCUGUCCUUGCACAAUUCGAGAGGCACCUCAUCCUCGGAUGUGUCAGCCAACUGCGGCUUUGAGGAUUCUGAAGUAGCCAUGAGUGACUACGAGAGUGUGGGGGAGCUCAGCCUCGCCGGCCUCCACAUUCCCUUUGCGGAGACCCAGCACCAGACCCAAGUUUAGAGCACAUGUUCCAGAUGCUUUGCUCCUUGUGUCAUGGAAUAGUGGAAGGAGAUCGGCUGGGUGUACGUCUCCAUGGAGAGUAGUCUGUGGACCUAUGGUAUUUUCCACGAGUAACUUCUUCAGGAGUCGCACUGUCACAAGCAAGCUUGGUUCUGAUCAGGUGAAGAGAAAGGCUCAGAAAUUGUUUCUGAGAGGGAAUUGCUUACCUUGCAGGAGCACCUGAAUUCAUGGCUAUGAAUGCAAAGGAGCAGGGUAAAUGACCUCAAAUUAAACUGGAGAUCUUGUAUGGUUCUGUGCAGUAUUGUGCCCUGGAAUGUGUGACAGCAUCAGCCCCUUGCAGUAUUAAUAACUGGCAACAAUCAGGGAGACAUUGUUGCAUGUAAUUUUGAGCCAAUGAAAUGAAAAUAGUAGUAAUGGUUGUUGGAAAAGUUAGUCUCUUAGGUGAAAGAACAAGAGAAACAUUAAAUGAACAAAGAAAUGGGUGGAAGGCCUCUGAAAUCAAUUCUAUUUUUUUUAAUAAGCUGCCCAAUUUUCAGCUAUAAAAUUAGAUUUGAGUAACAUGAUUAGUAUGCUGUUAUUUUUGUUUGUGUUAAGCAUCCGAUAUAACAUAGUUGGGUUUUAUGUUCUUUGAGAAAGUUAUCAACGAAGAGCAAUAUGUGAGGCUGGUUGUUUCAUCUUGGGGGUUGGGGAGGUUAAUGCUCAAACAUUUGAAAGAAGGUGAUUAUCUGGUUUUGUGUUUUCUGGUAAAUAUUCCUGCCAAAACUACGAUUCUAACAUUGCUGCAAAAAUUGGCUUCUGUUUGUAUAUUGUUCUCCAGAAUAAGAGAUAUUUAGAAAUUUAAGUAGAAUUCACAAAUUUGGGGGGAGGGGGGAGCAGAGAAAAAUAUAUUUUCAAAUUUUCAGCCUGAUAAUCACAAUUCUUGAUAAUGCAGAUAAAAUAUGAGUGUCAUUCUAAAUUGGUAGCAUUGUCAUUAUAAAUACAAUUACAUUUAAAAAGAAGAAGAAGGUAGAUUAGUUAUUGUGUAUAAAUUAUAAUAGUGUGUGUGUCUGGGCCUAUGUACAAAUAUGUGCUUGCACUCAGUAAGGCUGCUCUUGAGGAAAGCUGAUAUGAAGGUUUUAGGCAAUGGACCAUGUUGAAAAUCCUGCCAGCGAGCAAGGUGUACCUUCCAAUUUUUCUGAUCUCUUUGAUGUUAGAGGAACACCAAAUGCCGUAUUUUACUCUGAUUCAGUUAACUUUAUUUUGGUACUGCCAUUUAUAUUAACUUAAAGCAAAACUGUGCUUUUUAAAAACAGUAUUUUAUAAUUUUCCAAAACUAACCUCAAUUUGAAAAAUGUGUAAUGUUUAUUUACACCCUGGGGGUUUCCUCCCAUCUGACAUGUGGGCUUUGGCCAUGACUUUCCAAAAAUGAUAGGAGAAUCAUUCCACUGGAAACACAUUAACCCAAUACUCAAAAGUUCAAGUUGACAGGUUGAGUGAUUUUCCUCUUUUGCUUCAAUCAGAUUAUGGCUACCCAUGCUGUGGCCAUGGUAAAUAAAUGCAUAUUUGCACUAUCUUGCUUGAUGAGCAAAUCUCUGUGUCCACCAUUUCUGAUGACAUCUGGCAUUGGUGUAUAAAUUGUAUUGUCCUGAGUCUGCAUGUCGUCCACACAGAUGUGUUUUUAUUUGUUUCAAUCGUGUUUAAUCCACUUACUUCUUUAUAGAAGUCAGUGUUUCUGAACAUGUUUCAUGAAAAAAAAAAUUCCUUUUCAUUCCCAAACUUCCCAAUUAAGUGCAUAUACUUCACAGGUUUUUCAGCCUUUCUCUUCCUGUCUCUUGGUCAGACCUACUCAUGGAGGCAUUAAUCCACACUGUGGUCUUGAAAUAAAUGAAUUUCACUAAAGCUGUUAUGGAGAAUAAAGUCUUUGGUAUUUUCCUUAUGUAAGAAACACAUUCGCAAGAAUCACAGAGAAAAUGACAAACUAAUGGUCUAGAAUUGAAUCACUGCUACACUUUUAAAAAUUCAAUGACAUAAAAACCAUCAAAGUAAAACUAACAAUUCAUUUCUUGCCCCUAGGAAAUAUUAGAAGGAGAUUAAUGCAGAUGAGUCACUACUGCUUACACAGCACCUCUUCCAGGGGGGAAUGCCUGACUGACACUGUAAUGAAGGCAUAAAUAGGUCCUAAUGCAGUUGUGAAGUCACCAAAGAAAAUUGUGCCCACCCUUGGCUGUGACCUAUAAUAAAUGCCUCUUUCUUCAGUGUAUCAUGCCCUGAUUCUCUGCAGAAUAUCUUUGCGGCUAAAUAUAUACCAGACAAGCAAGUAUUAUAUUUUGAUUCGUUAUCUUUAAACACAUGAUAUCUCUUCAUUUUAUGGAAAAUUAGAUUUCCCUGUAGAUUACAAAGUGGUUUGCAGUCAAGCCAAGGUGGAACCAGAUAGGAUCAUCACUGAUUCAAGGAGCUGGAAGGGUCUUUAAGAUUUACUAGUUCAAUGGUCAUAUUUUGUAAAUAUGAAACAUAAACAUACCCAGAGUGGGGAAGAGACUUGCCCAGGCUCAUACAGGAAGGUAAGUAGCUGAACAAGGACCAGAACCCAUCCAUUUAGCCAAUUUUCUCUUUACAUUGUUCGCCCUAGGCUGUCUUGAGCACGGCAGCCUCUUGCUUCUGAUGAACCCUCUGACUUCCUAUCAUUCCUUCUUUGGAAUAUGCAAGAAAAGAAAACUCAUGGAAAAUAUUUCUCUGGAAGCCUCAUGAUCCUUGUUUCCUUGAAGCACCCCCAACCCCCAGAAAGGUAUUUUUAACAGAAUUCACACAUUUCUUUGGAAAUUCAUCAAAAUGCUGCUUUUGCCAAAUGAAUGUUUCUCAAAUGGGAAUAGAAUGAUAAGUGCAAAGGUGAACUCAGAUCAGUCAUCAAUUUACCUACUAGUGCAUUUUUUGUUGUUGUUUUUAUUUGUUUAUUUUCUACCCACCAGCACUGGCUGCUGUUUUUCCCUACCCUCUCCAUCACAAUGAACCACACAAAAAAUAAUUUAAGCCAACUAGUGUCUUUCCCUUUUUUCCGACAGGCAUGUGCCACCUCCGGGAAGCCAUGUUCCACAACCUGUUGUAGGCACUUUACUUACAUUGCACACAUUCUGGUUAGGUUGAGAGUAGCUGGAUGGUUGGCAUCUGUCAUGCAAUAAGCAGGAGCUACGAGGCAAUAAAAGAUGAAUAAAGUACGUGUUAAUGUAUUUCCUUUCCUCUACAAGUAUUUUGCUGCUGAGUUCUGUUCCAUGUCAGCUUUCCCUGCAUCCUGCCCAUUUCUGAAAUGCCAUGGUAAAAAACUCAGUAAUAUAACUAGGUCAAAUCCAUGAAUCUUAGGUUUGACCUAUCAGAGAAUGUGUAAAGGUCUGGAAAGGGAAUUUACUCUGGGAUUUUCCAGAAAUUGCCCUUGGAAAUCACUAGUGCAACCUGGGGACCCCAAAACAUCAAGUAGAGCAUGUAGCCCACAGGCCUUCUUGAUUACUUCACAUCCACCAGCCCCACUAAUGCUGUGUCUGCAUCAUCAGAAUCAGGGGGUAUGAGCAAAGAGAUGAUGAACAUAAACCAAUUAAGACCCAGAAGUUAGGUGUGUGUGAAGCAAUUCAGGAAGUUCUCGUCAUUUUGCAUAGAUUGUCCCAGAUAAUUGUCUGGCCUCUUCACUUUACUACCCUUCAGUGCACAAAUACUGUUAAAGUGGUUAGGUUUUUAUGUUUCACCCUUUUGGGUUCAAACCAUGGGAAAUGGUGAUUUGAAGAGGCAUUUCUUUAGCAUCAUCAUUUUGUGUGAUCUGUGAGAAGGUGGUUAUGUGUUUUUGCUGGUUUGUGUCCCUGCAAUGUUCAACUGCACAUCAUUCUGAUGAAAACCCACAUGGUCUUUGAGCUCCUGGUUAUAUAAUGCUGGGGUUUAAACUCGCCACAUGUAGGUUUGGCAUCAGUUAAUUAUUUAGCCAGCUGGCUAAGACAGGAAAAGAAUAAGAUAUUUCUUUCCUUAUGUAAUAAUGAAAAGCAAUAAUUACAAGUAUGUAAUAAUACACAAAGGCCAUAAUUAGUCUCUUCCAAUGUUUAGGAUGCACUAGAGAAUCGUAUAGUCAUUUGGAGUGUGUUUGGACCCAUUAGUAUGUACUGUAGUACCCUUCCAGCGAGCAAAUACCUGAAUUGCUACUAUUUAACAAUUUUAUGAGCCCAUACUACUGCAUUUUGGGAGUGACAAAUGUGUUUGGAAAUGGAAGCAGUUCUUUUUAAGCACUGUAUCAGAGAUCGUCUUGUACAUUUACCUGUUGCAAACAGGUUGGUUUGUAAAAGAUGUAUGUUUUGGUGUUUAAAAUGUUUAUAAAAUUGUAUAUAAAUGGUUUCAAUUUCCCAGGCUUUUGUAGAUACUAUAUUUGAUGCCUAUCAGGAUGCUUUAAUUUGGAGGGUCGAAUAUAAUUCUAAAUCAUCCAUGCUGUUGGUCUGCAAACUUUUGAGGUAACUACACACACACAAAGAGAAUUUUAGAUUUGAAAAUGAUGUUUUGUAAUCAUUUUGAAUCAUACUGUAAUCUUUCUUUGGUUCUGUUUUCGUUUUAACUUUGUUUUCAAGAAAAUAUUUUUAUUGACCUUUCUUUCAAGAUGGAAGUGUUUUGCCCAGUUAUUAAGUAGCUGGUUUUUAUGCCAUUUCAGAGUCAGAAUGAGGUGUAUCAUUUCUUCACACACAUGCACACUCACCUAAACUUGCACACACAUCACACACCAAACUUUAUGCAAAGGGGAAAGCUAGCACUUGAAGUGACUCUUAUCCCUUAUGGAAAUGGAUUGUUCCUGCACAUAUUGCUAUUGGCAGUAUUCAGUCUUGUGUUCUUUUUCUUAAAAAAAAAGAAAAAAGAAAGAAAGAAAAGAAAAACAAAACAAAAAUGACAAAAAAAUAUAACCAAAAAACAAAGAAACAAAAAAUCCAAACAGUGUACAGGUUUGUA